AGUCGAUAUUAGCCAAAGGUCUGAGAAAGAAUAUAGUCAUGCAAUGCUAAGCUGUUUGAGGUUGGUUGGUUAAAGUUGUGUGUACUGUGUAGUGUAUAAUAUGACACGUGUCUACAAAUAAUUCGUGUGACAGUGUGCACUCCAAUAAUCAGUCCAGAUAUGGAAGUUUCAUGACAUGAGCAUUCUUUGUCUACUUAUUCGUAAAUAAACGUCACAGUGAUGAGAGCUGAAUAAAAUAAGUUUGGAGGGUCCAACGCCAAUGGGAUUACUUGAAGACAUUUAAUUAUUUUGGAGUGGUUUCUGCGUUUCAGUUUCGUACCUGGCUGCGAAGAAGAAUGAGUGAUUUAAGUAACUGGUUCUAUUCAGUACCAAUCUUCACGAGAUGGUGGAUGACACUGACAACGGGGUUCUCUCUUCUGGGACGCUUUGGAUUGCUGAGAGGCAUUUAUCUCGCCCUACUUUACGAACCUUUCAUCCAUCGAUUUCAGAUAUGGAGGCCAGUCACAGCUGUCUUCUACUACCCCAUUACUGCUUCAACAGGAUUCCAUUUCUUAAUAAAUUUAUACUUCUUAUACAAGUAUUCAUUACUUUUGGAAACUGGUAUUUUUGAUGGUCGCCCUGCUGAUUAUCUGUUCUUACUUCUUUUCAACUGGAUAUGUAUUGUUAUUGUAGCACUCAUGGCUGAUAUUAAUCUCCUUAUGGUUUCCAUGGUCCUCAGUGUUCUGUAUGUUUGGUGCCAGCUAAACAAAGAUGUCAUAGUCAGCUUUUGGUUUGGAACUCGCUUCAGAGCUACAUAUUUACCAUGGGUCCUCUUUGCCUUUCAUCUUAUUAUUUCUGGAGGAGGACUUAAUGAAUUGGUGGGUAUCUUAGUUGGACACCUGUACUUCUUCCUCAUGUUUAAAUAUCCCCAGGAAAUGGGAGGUCCAAGCCUUUUAACAACACCAUCAAUUUUGUACAGGUGGUUCCCAAACAGACAAGGAUCAGUGCACGGUUUUGGUGUCCCACCACAGAGCCGGCGGCCAGUGGCCGAUCCUCCAGGGGGGCGCCACAACUGGGGCCGUGGAUAUGUUCUCGGCGAGGAAUGAGCGAGCUGCAUGGAGCUAUCAUAAAGCAAAUUUAUUAAAAUCUUAUUUUCCUAAAAGAUGUUUGUUUUGCUUAAAGUGUAUAAUAUUUUAAUAACUUGUUAGGUGAAUGAAGGUUUCAAGACAAAUAACAUGUGCUGGCAUAAAUCUUGUUUUAUUGAGGAUUGUUCAGUGUGCAGUUUAUUAUCUUUCAUGAGAGGGAGAGAUAAUGUUUGUCAUCUUAGGUAUUAUUUCUGUACAGUUACUUAACCGCUUAAAGGCAUAAGUAAUACUAAAUGCAGAAAAGGGAGGAUUAUUUGUUUUACACUUCCAGAGCAACUUACUGAAAGUGCAAGUACUAUUCAGUAGUAAAAAUAAAGGUUGUAAAAGAACAGUGAUGUGUAUGUAUGAAAGUGAAAAGAAGUAAAAAAAUAAAAUAAAAAAAUAGACAA